UCAAACAUACAUAUCGAAGUAAAAAAAAAUCGUUAUACAGUAUUUUGUUGAUUAUUUUCGUCUACGUUCAUUUAACUUGACCUCCAUAUAUUAGUUUAUGCUCAAAUACCACCUAUACAUUCGGUUCCGCUAACUUUGUAGGUAUUGAAGAGCAAAUUAAAUUUUCAUUUGAUACGGACAGUUUCAAACCCAGUCACUCCAAUAACCAGCUUAUAUACCGCGUACUAGAAGAACAAGAGUCAGUCGGAAUCCAAUAACCACAUAUACACAGCAUGGGUUUGUUUAGUGCAAAAUGUGUGUCAAAGGCCCGUUUAGAAGGUAAAACCGCGGUCGUAACUGGCGCGAAUACCGGAAUCGGAAAAGAAACAGCAAAAGAUUUUUUUAAACGAGGGGCUCGAGUGAUCGUCGCUUGCAGAAAUUUAGACACUGCAAACGCAGCAGUCGAAGAGAUCAAAAAACAAUGCUCCAAUGAUGAACAACUGGGUCAAUUACAAGUCGCAAAAUUAGAUUUGAGUAGUUUGAGUUCAGUUCGACUUUUUGCGAAGGCGCUCCUGGAAUCCGAAAAUAGAAUCGACUUGCUAGUAAACAACGCAGGAGUUAUGAUGUGUCCCAGAAGUAGGACGGAGGAUGGUUUUGAGAUGCAACUGGGAACAAACCACUUAGGGCACUUUUUACUAACUAUGUUGCUACUGCCCAAAAUAUGCGAAAGUACCCCCGCAAGGAUCGUAAAUGUGGCGUCCUCUAUGCAUAUGUUCGGGCACAUCGAUUUUGAUGAUUUACACUGGGACAAACGCAGAUAUAGCGCUAAGGGAGCAUAUUCGCAAAGUAAACUAGCGAACAUCUUAUUCACUGCAGAAUUGGCAAGAAAAUUAGACGAGGCUAACGUGAAAGGAGUGACGGUGUAUUCUUUGCAUCCCGGUGCUAUUGCCACCGAGUUAGGUCGUCAUUUGGACGUUGUUUAUUUUCCGGGGCUUCGAUGGAUGUUCCGAAAUAUCUUUAAGUUUUUUCUAAAAACACCUGAGCAAGGUGCCCAAACGACGAUUUACUGCUCGGUUGAUGAAAAAUGUGCUAACGAAACAGGACUGUAUUAUUCAGAAUGUGCAGUAGCUAGCGUGUUCCAACAUGCGAAAAACGUCAAAGAUGCUGAGCGGCUUUGGAAAGCGAGCUUAACGCUUGUAGGACUUGGGGAAGAUUAUAAUCCGUUUGAAGCGAUCCAUUAGGGUGGAAUUUAUUACGUAUGGUGUAUUUCAGCAUAUUCAAAUAAAGGUUGUGUGUGUUA